AUGUUGUUCGAGGAAGAAGACGCGCCUCACCUGAAAGCUUGGAUCAUCAAGCGUCUGGAAAAUACUUCCGAUGCUGAUGCCGACGUCCUUGCUGACUACGUCAUUGCUCUGUUAAAACAUGAUGCUGACGUCCAUGCCAUCCGCAAGCUGUUUGAAGAAGAGAUACCAGAUUUCCUCAGAGAGGAGUCUGCUCCUUUCACCGACGAUGUCUUUCAAGCAAUCAAGUACAAAUCGUACUUGCCUGGCGCACCUCCCGCUCCCCCCAUUUCCCGUCAAGCGCCGAAACCUACGCCACAGGCACCCAAGAUCCCUUCCGGACCAGCCGCUCUGCAGAAGGCACCGUUCCAGUCUCAUGAUGUCCAACACACACCAUAUGCCGAAACCCCGACCGCCUUUGCUUCGCACUCAUUUCGGAAUGGCUCGAAGAAGCGCUCCUACCGCGACCUCGACGCACCAGAUCCGCAAGUUAUGAGUUGGGACUAUGGUGGAGGUCCUCCGCAGCAACAACCUUACAAGCAAGCUAAGCGAGGUGGUGGCCUCGGUUCCCGUGGUGGGCGAUACGAUGAUCCUAAUUCUUCGAGAGGCCGUGGUGGAUUCGGUGGUUACAAUGGCGGUCUUCCCAACGCGGGCGCAAACGGAUUUCCCGGGUCCGGCUACAACAACCAGCAGUUCUUUGACGCAACUGCUAUUAUGGAGAACAUUCGACAGCUGCAAGAAUUAGGAGCACAGAUGGGAUUGCAUUUGCCGUCAACGGAUGCCUUGCCCAAGCCUGCUUACUCUGGCCAGGCGAUGCCUGCAUCAUCGCGUCGGAGACGAGGACAAUGCAGAGAAUAUGAAACCAAAGGGUUCUGCUCCCGUGGCACGAAUUGUCAAUAUGAGCAUGGCAAUAGCUCGGCAUUUGUGCCUCCAUUUCAACCUCCUUCCACGGAUGAAUACGACCCUAAUAAUGCUGCCAUGGGCAUGCUUGAGCAUCCUGGCCAGCCCGUCAAGCCAUUGGACAUGCCUUUCUUGCAGAUGCCACAGCCCACUCGACGUGAGCCUAAGAAGCCCAAACGGAAAGGAGGGAGAUCGGCAAUAGCUGCAGAAGGUCCCAGCCACGAUAAGACUAACACGAAGAUUGUGGUGGAGAAUAUUCCCGAGGAGAAUUUCACCGAGGAUGCGGUUCGAGAGUUCUUUACCGAGUUUGGUUCUGUUCAAGAGAUUGAAUUGCGCCCGACGGCUGGCACUCAAAAACGGAUCGCAGUGGUCAAAUAUAAUGAUUGGACCUCCGCCAACGCCGCGUGGAAAUCACCGAAAGUCGUUUUUGACAACCGGUUUGUUAAGGUCUACUGGUUCAAGGACGAAUCACAGCUUGUACAAGACAAAAGACACCCCAAGGGUGACAAGAACGGCUCGUCCAAUGGCGAUAUUGCAAUGUCCGAGCCUGACUUUGACAUCGAGGAUUUCAAACGCAAGCAGGAAGAAGCCCAGAAAAUACACCUGGAGAAACAGCAGAAGCGCGAAGAGCUUGACCGCCAGCGCCAAGAGCUCGAGGAGAAACAGAAAGAGUUGAUUGCUAGGCAACAGGAAGCGAGGCGUGAAUUACAAGAAAAGCUCGCUGCAAACGGGGUUAGAGAAGACUCACUGUCACCAAUUCUUAGCAAAGCCACUCUGGAUGGCGAACAGCCAUCCCAAGCAGAAGCUCUACGCGCGAAAUUGGCUGCGUUGGAGGAAGAAGCAAAUAGCCUGGGGCUCGACCCGGACGCAAAUGACGACUCUUUCUCAUGGUCAUCUUAUCGUGGCAGAGGCCGAAGGCCAUAUCGCGCGAGGGGUGGCACUCCAUCCCGAGGCUGGCAAGGCAGUUAUCGCGGCAGAGGCGGAGGCGCGACUCAAGAUGUGCAUGCCGCGUAUGCUGCGUACUCUCUGGACAAUCGUCCAAGGAUCAUUGCCAUCAGCGGCGUGGACUUCACGGAUCCAGUGAAGGAUGAAGCGCUGAAGCAGUACCUCUUUGGCAUCGGGGAAUUCGCAGAUAUCCACACAGACUCUUCAGCUACGCACAUCACAUUCAAGGACCGCAAGACAGCUGAACAAUUCAUGUUUGGGGUUUCUGGACAAAAGGCCGUCCCGGGCGUGGAGGGCGAGGUCGAAUUGUCGUGGGCAUCCUCAGCACCGAAAACUACAGAGGCAGAUAACGACUUGUCUGGUGCUCAUGAUGAGCAAGAUACGGCAACGAAUCAAGAAGAAGAAACAGAAGAACACAGUGGCUUUGGCCGUCCCAGCGCCAAUAGUCAAUACGAUAUGGAUUAUGAGGGCGGCGAUUGGGGAGCAUCGUAG